GCCGGUGUGUCGGUAGAGCAACAAGGUCAGUACGAAGUGAAAAUAUACAAAGAAAAUAUCAUUUUAUCAGAACACUACAGUCUAUAUGAUUGCCUGCUCGACUCACAGUUUACGUCAGUGAACGAUCAAUUCAUUCACGCCGUUAGAAAACUGAAACAGACGGCCGUUUUAGACCUUCUCGUGGUCCGAAGAUAAGGGCUUGCUCUUUAUCUUAAAUGCAUGAUCUCAAGACCGUAUCAUGCAGUGACUGACUAUACACUAUCGAGGACCAAUCAAAUGUGAGAAACCACUUCUUGUGCAUUAUUGAUAUCUACAAUCGUUUUUUAUCAUUUCUCAUAUAUACCACUACCAAUUGUCGCGUUUUCCAUCGGUGUAAAAUCAAAAUGGCAAUUUCAUGGAAAUGGUACACGCUUGUUCUUGUCGUACUGGAUUGGAUAAUCGUAUUUAUUGGUGUCGUGGGAAACAUAUUGCUUUUAAUUGCUUUAACCAAGUACAAAACCAUAAAAAAUCCCAUCACAAGACUUUUGUUUAUUAAUUUAACUGUCUCAGAUAUUGGCGUGCUCGUUGUACGUCAUUCCGUUCAAGUCGUUCAAAUUUACGCGGAGGGAAAAUGGAUAUUUGGAGAGAUCAUGUGUAAACUUAUCCCACCUUUUUCCCGCACAUUUCUCACCGUUUCAAUCGUCACUCUGGUCGCAAUAUCACGUCAUAGAUAUUGUUGUAUUGUUGAUGUGCUCAAAUAUCACCCCUCGAUGAGAAGAACAAUAAUUUUUUUAGCGUCAACCUGGGUGACCGUGCUUGCAUUGUACGUAGCAUUGGAUAUCCCAUUCCGUGAAGUGGACCAAAAGACGCAGCGAUGCAAAGACACUCUUUCGCCAAUGAAAUAUGUAAUAUUCGUAAUUUCAGAGAAGGCUUUAUAUGUGCUUUGCUUCGUAUGUAUCUUCUACAUGUUUCGAAAGAUACAAAGAGUGCUUUGGGGUAGCCUACGAAUUCAGAAAGACUCUAACAUCCGGCGUCAGUUUUCACCGAGUGUGCAAACAUUACGUCUUCUCAAACCCACAGUGGUCGUGUUGCUUAUAACCCUGUGUCCUGCCUGGAUCUUACACAUCGUUGCCAUAAUGAGCCGCAAAGUAUUACUACAGCGUUAUUUGCUGUAUCAAGUGAUUGGAAUUUUGAUGGUUUGUAACAGCGCAGGUAACCCAAUUAUCUAUGUCAUAAUGUCUCGUUCAUUCAAACAGACUUUCAGAGAAAUUUUACGCCCUUUCUGGAGAAUCCUUACAUCUCGGCGGCGGAACGCACAGCAUGACCAUUGCUGCUUGCCACUGGACACGCUAUGACUAGAAGAAAUAUAUUCGGAACGAAUGUACUGGAGCCGGUUGUUCGUACGGCGUUUAGCUUAAACGGUGAAAAUAUUCUCGUAGAUCCUGUGAAUGAAUGAACCUGCAUCUUAUGCAUUAAAUAUGUUCUUCCA